AUGAUGGAGGCGGCUGCAAUACAAGGGGCUCUGGUGCCAUGGGCACUUGAUUUCACUCCUGAAGGGUUCGCAGCUAUUGAACAAUCUGGCGCUUCUUCCCCCGCUGCAGUCAAGGACUAUGUUUUGUCUGCCGAUAUAAGGCGUUUGCAUCUGGCCCCGCACCCUGCGGACCCGACGAACUUCAGCGCACUACACAGCAAAUCCAUGCAAGCUCCCCCAGAGGUUGCGGCAUGCGCUGCCAUUGACGGUCCAGCUGAAAAUGUCAAAUCAACGGCAACCAAUUAUACUCUCAAAAGGCCCCUACUUUGCAUGGUUUUGUCUUUCCAGGAUGUGCGGUUGCCUACGAAGGAUGUUGAAGAGGACUUUUCCGAUGGGGCUCAAGGGAUCAAGGGGAAUCAGAAGAGACUACUUUCACUGAAGCUUACGGACGGUCGCGGUACGUCUUUUACUGCUGUUGAGCUUCGUUUUUGUCAGCAGCUUGAUAUAGUGCCUCUAUUGCCAGGUGUCAAACUGCUGUUGUUGCCGGGUCUGAUAUUCUACCGUGGAAUGGCUCUUUUAACUCCCCGACACUUCCAGAAUCUGGGGGGAGGGGCAAAACAGUUGCGAGAAGCAUUUAACUUGAAAGCAGAUGUGCAGGAGCGCCGAAAACUGCUCCAACAAAUCCUCAAUGAGCACACUGAGCUUCAGCAGCGGGUAAAGUCCGACAAGGGCGACACUGGCCCCCCAAAGUUCGUUCCGUUUUCUUUCGCUGCUAAAGUGCAGCAGGUAGAAAUUAAUACCAGCGUCAUCACAGGAACUCAGCAACAGACGACAGAUCCAUCACGGAAAGAGAUGAAGCGCGAAACUGCUUCUCCAGCAGAGACGUCCAACGACACUCGUGCUGGGCAACCAACCCGGUCUUUGGAUAUAAAAACCGAUGCAACAGAACUGAAGCGAGAUCGUUUGAGGCAACUAGAGAAGGUGGAUCCAAAUAGUCUAGGUGCUGAGAAGAUCAGCAAUGAGAGGAAAACAACAAGAGGAGGCCGUGGGCGGCGGGGGCGGCGUGAGCGUGACGAUGAUCUCUCAGAAUACAUGAAGCCUUCUGGACGGCAGGUGGCGUAUAAUCUUUUGGACUUGAUAAGGGCGGACGCAGAGCAAACAAAUAGUGCCGCUGCCACUGCUAUCUUAUGUGCCAACGAGCAAUAUGCAGGCGGCCAUAACUUUGAUGAUUCAGUUCGACACCCAAAUGCGGGCCUCCUCUACCCUACUGUAGGCUUGGGUGAUCCGCUGAACUCAGGAGCAGCCUUUAUGGGAGCUACUCGCUCUGUGGAUACACCACGCAACUCACCACCAUCACAUAUCUCUGGUGGUCGCUCCCGCAGAGGGGGCUUUCCCAGAAGAGGGAGUGGGGGAGGCAGAAGAGGCAGAGGAACGGGAAGUAGUCCCAAGUAA